AUGUACCGUAGUGGUAGACUCGCACUUUUGCUUUUGCACCUCGCCCCACAAGCCCACCUCCUCCCCCACUCCACCCAUUUGACAGCGCUGUUGUGGUGCGAGGAUGCCUGGUCAAAGGUUAGUUCUUCGACCAUACGCCACUGUUGGAAUCAUUCCGGACUCGUAGGUAAAGCUGCUCUUCAGUUCAUUUUGAAAUAA